AAGCUGCUGGCCACCUUCCAUUAAAGAUGACACGUACAUUGGGAUCUCUAAGACACUGAGAUUUGUGAAAACACUCAAGUAGAUGAGAGAGACCUAAAUUUGUGCUAUUAAAAGGUUCAACAAUGUUUUUAGAAAUUAGAAAAUUCACAUUGAGGACAUCUCCCACCCAUAUCAUACACUUGGUAGAACAAAAAAUGACCAUACUAGAGUGCCCUGCCUACAGAACCCCAGCACAAACCAAAUGAAGGAGUCAAAAGCAAGAGGGGUUCACACACAGGACAUAUGCCCUAGUGACUAACAAACCACUGCUUGGCAAAUACUGCUCCAGGCAGAGCAGCAACAUUGCUACAAGUGCUUGGUAUCCCAAGGAGACCAUUUCAGAUAUGACCAAAUGCCAUGCUGCUGCUUAUACCUGCAGGCAUUCCAGGACACUACCCAAACCUCAUCUCCAACAGUCAGAAAGGAAGGAUCUCAGUGCGCAUGGUUAAAAGGUGACUCUGUGACCCACUCCAAUUGGAGAGACUCAGAACAGCUUGGAAAUGGAGUAGGCCAGCAAACAUAGGGCCACCUCUUCCAACCUCUUCAAAGCUGCAGUGUUUCAGAGCCCUCCUUAUUGCAUUAGGUGGCUGCUGAUGGCAGCAAUGACACGGCAGCAUGCUCUUCACCUGCUUUUGUUGCUGCAUUCCAUAUUUAGAAAUAGCUAUCUCAAUUUUAGAUGUAUUAAUUGAAAACAGUGAUUCACUUCUAGACUGAUGGUACAGAGUCUGCAUUUCAAGGUGAGUGGUAGGAUACUCCUUUGUGCCCAGCCAGGACAGGAAUAACAACAGGGUGCAGAACCAGAGGGGUUGGAAGAGUCUCAAUACCUUCCUCAGGUCUCUGAGCUCCCAGCCAGCACAGCUCGGGGCAGAUGCAGGCACCCCGUGAUGCUCACCUGUGCUGGGGUGAAGCUCUGUGAGAGCUGGUGGGAGGUUGCUGACAUUAUGGGGAGAGAUGGCAAAAGAAAGCCUACGUUAGUGAGAGCACCUGAUCUUCACGUGUGUGUGUGCAAAAGCACAAAGGUACAAACACCUCGUGAAUAAAAGCUCUUUCAGAGCUGAUGCUCAGAAUGCCGUCCCUUCAGAGGGAGCAGCAUCUCACACAGCUCGCUAAGGGCAGCCUGUACAUCUUACGCUGGGAUGGCAGCCAUGCUGCAGCUGGGAAUGGCUCCUCACAGGCACACGGGUGGGAAAGGUGGUGGCAUCGCCUGGCUCUGUCCGCGGCAACCUCAGCUCUGGGGCUGCCCAGCUACGUCUCACCUGCAGCUCGCACAGAUGACAGCCCGCACCUCACUCGGAGGACGCAAACCCCACAGCAGUACAGCCCAGACGCCGCACCACACACGACCCAGCGGUGUGCCCAGCUCCUGCCCGAGGCGCCCAACCCCGUGGCACCGAGGGGGCCGCUGCCCCCUCUCCACGCCGGACCCCCCGUGCCGGGGCCGCCUCCCUUCGGCACCCCCGCCCCCGCCGGUCCCCUCCCGGCUAUAAAGCCCCGCGGGCAGCCGGACCCCUCUCGGCCCUCGGCCAUGGCGGCGCUGCGCUUCGGGCCGCCCCCGGCGGAGCUGCCCGCGGUGCCGCCCUCCUGCCCGCCGGGCCGGUGGCUGUGCGGGACGGCCCGGGAUAACGGGGGAGGGCCCGUCGCGGCCCCGGCGCCCGUCGCGGCGCUGCCCCCGGCGACGGAGGGGACUCCGUCGGCGCAGCGUCGGAAACGGACGAGCUUCACGGCGGCGCAGCUGGAGACGCUGGAGCUGGUGUUCCAGGACACCAUGUACCCCGACAUCUACCUGCGGGAGCGGCUGGCCGACGCCACGCAGAUCCCCGAGUCCCGCAUCCAGGUCUGGUUCCAGAACCGCCGCGCCAAGUCUCGCCGGCAGCGGGGGCCGCCCCGCCCGGCUCCCCCCGCCCCGCCGCCGCCCCAACGCCCGCCGUGCGGCGCGGCCCCGCUGCUCCGCGCCCGGCAGGAGCGCUGCGAGUGGCCGCCCCGCGCCGCCGUCCCGCCCGGCCCCGGGAUGCUCCCGCACGGGGGGAGCGGAGCCGCCCCGGCCGGGCCCUACCCGCCCCGCCCCGCGUUCCCCAUCCCGGCCGGCGGCGGCUUCUCGGAGCCGGGGCUGGAGUGGGAGGAGAACGCACUCGGCGCCUUUCGAGCCCUCUGACGGCGGCCCGGCACUGCCCGCGCCUCUUGCACUUUAUCCCGAAGGGACUGCGCCUAUUUAUGGACGGGAGAUGGGGGCGGCCGCGCCGGUUGCCGGCACCGUGUUAUAUUGUUUACAGCUUCUAUUUAACCUUUUCAAGCCACCAAACCGACCGACUGCACUGUUCUAGGGAGGAUGGGGGUGGGAGAGGGCUGUUGUUACUUUUUGAGAGAGAAAAAUAAAUAAAAGUUCCCUUUUCUGUUCUGCG